UUGUAAGGUAUUAAUUAUCAACAAUUCUGCUUGGGCGACAACCGGAACCCCCGAUGUUCGGCCCCCGCGGUUAACCGAGGCUUGCCCGUCUGGGGUCUCCGCAGGUGCAGAACCUCGGUUUCCCCGGCCAACACGCUCUUCUCUCGCUUUUCAACUCUCUCACUUAUUUCCCUCCCAUUGAUGCUCUGCUACUAGAGAAGUAGUAGGUAUUUGCUCUGACAGUAGCCGCUUUAUAUAUACCCUCCUGUUUGUACGACAUGGCUAGCAUCAGCCGCACCCUGCGGCCCUUGUCCCGCACUGCUACUGCGUCCUCCAGACUACUGUCCGCAAGACGGACGGUGUCUGUUCGACCACUGCAAUGUGCUCGUACCUUCGUCGCGACGCCCCGCCGGCGGGAAGCUGACCUUUCCCACCUGACGCCCACCCCGAUCACCCUUCUCUCCGAAACGGAAGCCCUGAUGGCGGAGCAGGUCUCCAAGUUUGCGCAGGAGCAGAUUGGACCCAAGGUCCGGGAAAUGGACGAGGCAGAGACAAUGGACCCGACUCUUGUCGAGCAACUGUUCGAACAGGGUAUCAUGGGUGUCGAGAUUCCCGAGGAAUUCGGAGGUGCGGGCAUGAACUUCACCGCAGCCAUCGUGGCCAUUGAGGAGCUGGCUCGUGUCGAUCCUAGUGUCAGUGUCAUGGUGGAUGUGCACAACACCCUGGUCAACACCGCCUUCACCAAAUAUGGCGACGCCAACAGCCAGCGUCUCUGGCUGCCCAAGCUGGCUACGGGCACUGUCGGCUCCUUCUGUCUUUCUGAACCGGUCUCCGGCUCCGACGCAUUUGCGCUGCAGACCAAGGCGACCAAGACGGCCAACGGAUACAAGAUCAAUGGCUCGAAGAUGUGGAUCACCAACGCUAUGGAGUCUGGUAUUUUCAUUGUCUUCGCCAACCUUGACCCGAGCAAAGGCUACAAGGGUAUCACGGCGUUCGUCGUUGAGAAGGGAACGCCCGGUUUCAGCAUUGCCAAGAAGGAGAAGAAGCUGGGUAUCCGCGCCAGCAGCACUUGCGUGCUGAACUUCGACGACGUCGAGAUCCCGAAGGAGAAUCUCCUGGGUGAGGAGGGCCAGGGUUACAAGUAUGCCAUUGGCCUGCUGAACGAGGGUCGUAUCGGUAUUGCUGCUCAGAUGACCGGUCUGGCAUUGGGUGCCUGGGAGAAUGCUGCUGGCUACGUCUGGAACGACCGCAAGCAGUUCGGUCAAUUGAUCGGUAACUUCCAGGGUAUGCAGCACCAGAUCGCUCAGGCGUAUACUGAGAUCAGCGCUGCCCGCGCCCUCGUCUACAACGCUGCCCGCAAGAAGGAAGCUGGCCAGGACUUCGUCCAGGAUGCCGCCAUGGCUAAGCUCUACGCCUCCCAGGUUGCAGGUCGCGUGGCUGGAUCCGCAGUCGAGUGGAUGGGCGGCAUGGGUUUCGUGCGUGAGGGUAUCGCCGAGAAGAUGUUCCGGGAUAGCAAGAUCGGAGCUAUCUAUGAGGGGACGAGCAAUAUCCAGCUUCAGACUAUUGCGAAGAACCUUCAGAAGGCGUACACGCGAUAGAAGAAGAGAAGUAAAGAAAAGCGGCAAAUGAAACCGAAUAACUGAAUGAACGAAGGAGUACACUGGCAGUGUCCUGUGAUAUUCCUUUCCCCUUCUAUUUCUUGUAAACUGGGAUGCGAGCUUUUUUGUACUUUGAAGACGUCCAUGUUCGAUAUUGCAAUAGAUCCGACGAAAUGAAGAUGAGGAGGCGAUAAAUUUAUUUCGAUUCUGCUCCAGCGUUGAACAUUUCUGUUUCUAUUCGUCAUUCACGUGCACGUGGUGCUCGGACCGUAAAAACAGUCAGGAUUGUAUGAUGCUUUUUGUAGAUGAAAGCUGUACCCGUACCCCAAGCAGCGGAACCAAAUGAACCCCACUGCUUUCUGAUUUAUCCAUGGUGAUUUUCUCUCGGUCGCGAAGAAAGGGGGAUAAGCAUCUAAAAAGCUCUGAAGUCGCAAUAGGUCAGAAAUGCCGAGUCGAUGGAGUCACGCAUUGAGAGAUUAUGUACCAU